AUGCAUCUGCUUUUCUUUUGGUGCUCCUGCUGCCUUUGGGGAUGUUCCUUCGGGACCGGAUUUCUCUAUCAGUUCCCGGCAUCGACGCUGCAACACAAUUAUCCCGAGCAGAGCUCCGGCGGACCGGCGGGCAAUGCCUUCGCCAAUCGUCGUCAUUGGUGCCACUACACCGUCACCCGGACGGUUUCCUGUCAAGUGCAGAAUGGCUCGGAGACAGUAAUCCAAAGGGUUUAUCAGAGCUGCCGGUGGCCGGGACCUUGUGCCAACUUAGUGAGGACCCUCAUCCGACCCACGUACAAGAUAGCUUACCGAACAGUAACUGCUCUUGAAUGGCGAUGCUGCCCUGGUUUCACUGGAAGCAACUGUGAGGAAGAAUGUAUGAAUUGCACAAAGCUCACAGAUAUGACUGAAAGGCUGACUAUCUUGGAAGCCAAAAUCCUUUUGCUUGAGGCUGCAGAACGAGUUUCACCUUCAGACAAUGAUCUUCCGAUGACAAGAACUACAGCCACUUGGUAUGAUGACGUCGUGCCUGAUGCUAUUCCACUAGCUAAUCCAGGAACAGCCCUGAGGAAACCAAUGGGACCUGUUGGGCUUCCGGGACCAACUGGGAGACCAGGACCACAAGGACCAAAGGGGGAAAAGGGAGAGAUUGGUGAAAAAGGACCUGCUGGACCACCAGGACUACUUGGACCUCCAGGACCUAGAGGAUAUCCUGGUGAGACAGGAGUUCCUGGGCCACCAGGGCCACCAGGACCUCCAGCGUCUCCAAAUCUCCCAUUAACAUUUCAACAAGGAGUUCUUUACUCUCUGCAGCCCAGCGGUGAAAAAGAAAAUGGAGAGCCACAGUUAGCAUCUACCGUCAUUGACACUAUAUUGGCUGGUUUGCCAGGACCUCGUGGGGCACCGGGACCCAUAGGGCUGCCAGGACCACCUGGAUCUUCAGGCCCCAAGGGAGCACCAGGGCCAAUGGGAGCACCUGGAGUACAGGGCACUCCUGGUUCUCCUGGACAGCCUGGGCUGAAGGGCCCAAAAGGUGAUCGGGGCGAAAGGGGGCCAGCGGGGCAGACUGGUGAAAGAGGCAUUAAGGGUUUUCCUGGUGAACCUGGUAAGAAAGGUGAAGAAGGAGACAGAGGUGCCGAUGGUGAAGGGGUCCAACAACUGCGAGAGGCCUUGAAGAUUUUAGCAGAGAGGGUGCUAAUUUUAGAACACAUGAUAGGGAUUCAUGAUUCUUUGUCUUCCGUUGAACCAGGCUCAGGACAAGACGUGAUCCUGGGCGCCCCGCUCCGAGCAAACACGAAAAACAAGCGACACCAUUCGAACCAGAUCCUUUCUUCACUUCUGGAUGACAGCAAACCCAGGGCGAGAAGUGACCGGAGGCAAUAAAACUUUAGUCCAACAGCGAAGGCUUGAAGAGACCUCUGUUUACUCCUGUUGGGAAGUCCUGCAGGUCAGGAGGAUGGAGCCAUGUCCAACUGGAAUACCUUCCUUGAACUUUCCAUGAUCUUUUCAAAAAUAUUCUUCACAUUUUACAUACCUGCUAUUUCUGUUCUUGUUUCGGGGGCCCGUCUCAGGUGAUUACAAUAAAGUUCCAAUCCCAAGAAGUCUCAUGUGAUAAAGACAGCAACAUUUAGAGAGAUGUCUGUAACAUCACUGAUGGGACCUGUCUGCCAUGGAGCCAGUGUUGCAGUCUAGAACCUUCUGGGAAUAACAUUCUAGAGCACACAUCCCAAUCUAUGAAGAGUGUGGAAUGAGUUUAUUGGCCCUACCAUGGCUUUGAAUGAAUGGACUAUGCACUGCGGAAAACAACCCAAGUUGAUAUUCCAAGGGAGGGGGGACAAUUAAUAGAAGUAAGCUGUAGUUAAUGAUCACUCCAAGACUGUUACUGAUCUUCUAAUUGUAGAACUCACACCAAGCAUUUAAGAAACCUCAGUUACACAGUUGAGCUCGGUCUGAAAACCAUCAUUCUAUAUAAAUCUUUGUGUUAUCCAGAUUUGAGGGGCCUAGCCAAACUUGACUGACCUUGAGAAACUAAACAGAACUGGUGAACAUGUAGAUUGGAGAUCACCAGGAAAUCUGUAGGUUAGGUUGAGAAGUCAAUCAAGUAACUGAGAAGAAUGUAAUGCCGCCUCCUUAAAUACUGUUGCCACAAAUAUUAUACGGAUAUAGCUCAUAUAGCCACAGAGCCAAGCACUAGGGAAUGUACAUACUUUCCUUUAAUUCUCCCCCAAAUCCAACUAGAUUUUUGAGCAGUAACUUUGAUGUUAUAAUCCAAAAUUAAGGUUUAUAAAGCCAAUAACUUUCUCAUUUUGCAAGAGUUUACCAUCUGGGGUUCUGCUGUGGCUAACUUCUUACCUGUAAGGUGUUUUUUUUAAGAUUCCUUCCUUAUUUCACUUCUUACUAAAGUUCAUUUGGACCUGUUAUUGAUAUAUAUUUUGAUAACGCUCCUAAAUGAAUUAAAGUUCACAGGCAAAGUGUGGAGAAUGGCCUCACCCCUUGCAUUUUAGUUCAACCAUGAGAUAGCAGAGAAAAGAAUAGUGUGGCAUUCCUAGCAUGUAAGGGAAAAAAUGAAGUGUCUUAUGGCAUCUUAAAUAUUAAUAAAUUUAUUAUCACAUAU